CUGGUGGGUGGUGUUUGGAGCUCCCCGUGGACAAAACCCCGGUGCGCUGCUGCUGCUGCUGCUGCUGCAAGUAUCUCACUCCUCGAGUAGGACAGAUCUACUGAAAAUAUGGCAAACCCUGACAAGAGCAGCGCCGCAAUUGCGUACGUCUACAGGGGAACCUUUGUCCAUUCGACCCAGCAAACGGCGCUGCAGGUCCAGGAAGAUGCGCUCCUGGGAGUGGACACAGAGGGAAAGAUUGCCUUCAUUGGCGAAGGCAAGAAGUUAGAAGCACUGUCCCAGGUCUUUCAAUUCAGCCCAUCUGAAGUCACACAACUCACAGAACAUGAGUUCCUCAUGCCAGGACUGGUAGACACCCACAUCCAUGCGUGCCAGUACAGCUACGCCGGCACAGCCCUGGACCUGCCUUUGCUGCAGUGGCUUAAUACCUACACCUUUCCUGUGGAGUCACGCUUCAAGGACUUGGAGUUUGCACGCAGAGUCUACACUCACGUAGUGAAAAGGACCCUGACAAAUGGAACAACCACUGCAUGUUACUUUGCUAGCAUACAUACAGACGCCACCCUGUUGUUGGGCCAGAUUGCAAAUGAUUUUGGACAGCGCGCCUUGGUGGGUAAGGUGUGCAUGGACAGGAACGAUUCUGUAAAACAUUACAGAGAGAGCAUUCAGGAAUCCCAUGAUGAAACAUGCCGGUUCAUUAAAGAGUUCUUAGACAAGAAGUACCCUCUUGCGAAGCCGGUGGUGACUCCCCGUUUCGCUCUGUCAUGCUCAAGAGAACUGCUAGAACAGCUGGGAAAAAUUGCUAAGAAUAACAACCUGCACAUUCAGAGUCAUAUCAGUGAAAACAAGGAGGAGAUCCAGCUUGUUAAGGAGCUGUUUCCAGAAUCCGAGUCUUACACAGAUGUCUAUCACAAAUACAAUCUGCUCACUGACAAGACAGUGAUGGCCCAUGGCUGCCACCUCAGUGAUAAAGAGCUGGCUGUGUUCAAGGAGACAGGAGCCUCCUUGUCCCACUGUCCCAACUCCAACUUUUCGUUGUGCAGUGGAGUGUUAAAUGUCCGCAAUGUCCUGAAACACAAAGUGAAGCUUGGGCUGGGAACAGACGUGGCGGGAGGCUAUUCUUCCUCGAUGCUUGAUGCUGUGAGGCGAACUUUGGAUGCAUCCAAAAUCUUGACCAUCCAGGACCCAAAACACGAAACACUCAGCUUUGAGGAGGUGUUCAGACUGGCCACACUGGGAGGCAGCCAAGCCUUGUCGCUGGAUGACCAAACUGGGAACUUUGAAGUGGGCAAAGACUUUGAUGCCCUGAGGGUGAAUGUAGCGGCUCCCGGUGGACCCAUCGACCUGAUCCAUAGCGAGGGACCAAAGACUCUUUUGGAAAAGUUCUUGAACUUGGGUGAUGAUCGGAACAUAGUGGAGGUGUUUGUAGCUGGAAAGAAGGUGGUGCCAUUCACAGAGCCAAAGGCAGAGUAGACUGUUUGCUCCUCCCCAUACCUUCACCUGCCUCAAAGCCCAAAAUACUCAUGUAUCUGAAAGAUGCAAUCUACUGUAUGUAGCACAAGAUUAACCAGCCGAAAAUGACCUGUGGUUGCAUGGACUGCACUAUUGCACAACUGCAGAUAAAUAAGUAGGAAAUUGAGUUGUGAGUGGGCAAUGAAUUAUGGCCAUAAGAAUUCCAAAUAUCGAACAGAACAGAUGAGGCAGUUCAGUGAGGGUCAUAUCAUACAAGACUGAGGUCAGCUGGACUUGAAUUAAUUUUGGUCCAUCUGUCUUUUUAAAAGAUAAUAGACUGUUUUCACAGCAGUGACUUUGAUUUAUAAUAGUAGGGUAAUAUGGGUGUUAAAAAGGGAAUUUGGGACGAACUAAGUGUGGUGAACUUUGCACUUUUUCAUUUAAUUAGCACUUGAUGAUUAACAAGCAGAUUUUUGUUUUUAUCCACUUUUUGUUCUGGUGCACAUCAGACCUUUGAAAAUUCACUUGAGCCUCUAAAUAAGAUACAAACACUGAUGUUGGCAGCCUUUGCAGUGUGUUCAAUACAACAUGUUUUCCAUUGCAUAAUGAUAUGUCAGUGUGUCUAAAGUUAAGUAACAUAAACGUAGGCCUUGGUGCUGGUGAUGUAAAGCUGCUCAGUGUAUUUGCAGUGCCUGACCUGAUUAUCUGCAGUGGCUUGACGGUCACAUUUUCCUGCUUGCGUAGCAGGAAAAUGUGAUCCAAAGUCUGGAACUGAUUUGACUUCUAAUCGUUCAGUUUUUCACUGUACACUCCAUCCAAGUACACCCAUUCAAGUGUUAAAAAUGGCACAGACACAUGAUUCCAUAGCAUUCUCCUGACUGCAGUAGUUUUGUAGAGUAGAGUCUGCUGUUCAGUGCAGUAAACAACGCAAACUGUUCCAGCAGGAGGACAUUGUGUAUCAUGUGAAAUGAUAAAUGUUUUAACCUUCAUCAGUACUAACACUUGCUUGAUUUACUUCAAAUUCCACAUCCUGAUUUGACUUAGUGAAAAGCAACUUUGGCGCCUUAUUAUGAGAAUCAGUUUGUUCUAUCAAUUACAAAUCAAAUGUGUGUUGUCUUACCUUUACAAACUCUCUUUUAAUUGUUAGGAAAUUAAGGAUAAUUUAGCUGAAUAUGUGUUUGCUUUGAUGAAUAAUGUUUAAGACAUCUUUACUUUUGUACUGAAAACAUGGAAAAUUUGUAUUAUAUAUAUUUUAACAACAGACAUGUCUAUGUUAAAGUCUUGGUCUUUGUACUCUUUGAUAUGUUGCAGCAUGGCAGACUGAAAUAAAGAAUACCACCAGCCUG